CAUUAUUCCACAGAUUUGUUUAAGGACUUGGGGAUCGUUGUUAUUAACCGGGGGUAUAUCAGUUAUAUUGCACUAUUACUGGUUUUGGUAUACAUGUUUAUCAUAGGCGGUGAAAAGUUUUGUAUGCGACAUUGGCAUGGACAGGGUCUUUGAAAAGUCAAAUCUUGGGUCGGUCGGGAAAAUAACUUAUUCAUGAUACUUUUUAUAGUAAAAUUUCAAUACGCGGAUAGAAAGUAUUUAUCAAACUUGGGUGGCCAGGACUACCCCCCUCCCCAAAAGCUAUGCCGAUGGUCAGAGAUUGUAUAUAGCUUGUUAAAGCAGAUUGCUUUGUGUUGUAUGUAUAUUGCAGGAGAACAUUGAUAAUGGCGUUAAAGAUGACUUAAAGCCCCCAGACAGUGCUAUUGACAUUUUGAAUGGUCAGGGUGAUGAAAUGUCUUUUCAAAACAAGUCCUUUAGCAUUGACAACUGGCAAGAUAACACUCGUAGCGAAUCUGCUGUUCUUGAGGGUAACAUUGAGAACUGUGUUAAAGAUGGCUUAAAGCACCCAGACAGCACUGUGGACGUUGUGAAUGGAAAUGUUGGUGAACUGUUUCCCCAAAACAAGUCCUCUAAUAUUGAUAGCUCACAAGAUAACAGUGGCAGCAAAUCAGCGGUUCUAGAGGGUAACAUUGAGAACUGUGUUAAAGAUGACUUAAAGCACCCAAACAGCGUCGUGCACGUUGUGAAUGGAAAUGUUGGUGAACUGUUUCCUCAAAACAAGUCCUCUAAUAUUGAUAGCUCACAAGAUAACAGUGGCAGCAAAUCAGCGGUUCUAGAGUAUUUCUAUGGUUACAUGCUGGAAUUUGCUGCAAUAGUAAGUUCUAUCUUAUGUCUAGACGCCAUUUCUGUUCGUGUUUUUUUCCACUCUUUUCUCGUGAUCUGGUUGGGUAUGCGGUGAAUGUAGCUGUAGUAGCAGUAUAUGGGCUGGUGGAAAGGUUGGACGAACACAUGAAGGGGAGCCUGGGUGCAAAUGUUGAGUUGUUGCCACUUGCCAUGUGACCGUGUGGUCAUGGCUUCAAGUCUUGAGAGCAGCCAUUUGCAAAAAUGUAAGGUAAGGAAUCUGCAGAGGAUGCUGCUGCCUGUUUCACUUAAUAGACCACGCUCUAUAGCAAGGCCAGGAAUGAUGAAGGACUUCUUGACUCAAAAAAGAUUGCUGCAUUUGAUUUUGAUGGAUGUCUUGCCAAGACAAAUUUAAAAAGAGUUGGUGCAAAUGCUUGGUCUCUUAUGUAUCCUUCAAUACCAGAGAAACUUCAAAGCUUGUACAGUGAUGGCUAUAAGUUGGUUUGUAUUUUUAGAUCUUACCUGGUUGUACUUUAUUUUUGCAUGCACUCCGCAGUAGUUCUGUUGAAGUUGAUCAACCAUAUCUUACACUGUUUUAAAGUAUAUAUGAUCUGAAGCAAUUACCUGAUUUGGGAAUUUACUUGGUUGUACUUUUACAAAAAGGUAAUCUUUACCAAUGAAUCAAAUAUAGAGCGCUGGAAGAACAAAAGACAGACACUUGUGGACUCCAAAAUCAGGAGACUUGCAGGCUUUAUAAAGCUUGCGAAGGUCCCUAUCUAGGUGGUUCACAAUCCUAUUUUCUAAUGUGGGUGGGUGGUGUGCCUGCUUGCUCCCUCUAAAUGUGCUGCCUGCUUCUUUUAUUGAGUAAUUCAUUCAUAAAGUGCUUUAAUCCCCAAGUUUUUGUGAAUUGAAGGUCUUCAUUGCUUGUGGCUCCAAUGCCUCAAAGAUUGACCCCUAUCGCAAACCAAACAUUGGAAUAUGGUCUUUUCUUAAGAACCAUUUCAAUUCUGGACUUCCAAUUGACAUGGACAAGUUAAUCUCCGUCUUGCUGUAUCAAUUUUCAUUUUUCUUGUCUUCAUAAUAAUAAUAAUAUAUUGUAAUGUUG